AUGGCCACCAACAUCACCUUCCACCCCGGAGCAGUCACCCAGGACGAGCGCGACUCCCUCCUUGGCCAGAAGGGCGCCACCAUCUGGCUUACCGGCCUCAGUGCCUCCGGCAAGUCCACCAUCGCCACUGCCCUCGAGCAGCACCUUCUCCACAAGAAGCUGCACGCCUACAGGCUCGACGGUGACAACAUCCGCUUCGGUCUCAACAAGGACCUCGGCUUCGACCAAGCCUCCCGUGUCGAAAACAUUCGCCGAAUCGGCGAGGUUUCCCUCCUCUUUGCCCUCUCCUCCACCAUCUCCGUUACCGCCUUCAUCUCCCCCUACAUCUCUGACCGUCAGCUCGCCCGAGAGCUCCACGAAAAGGCCUCCCCCGCCAUCCCCUUCAUCGAGGUCUUUGUUGACGCCCCCCUCGAGGUCGUCGAGCAGAGAGACCCCAAGGGAUUGUACAAGAAGGCCAGGGCUGGUGAGAUCAAGGACUUUACCGGUGUCUCGGCCCCUUACGAGGCACCUGUGAACCCCGAGAUCCACAUCAAGACCAACGAGGUCGACGUCGCUGGUGCCGUCGAGAUUAUUACAAAGUAUCUCGUCGAGAAGGGCCUCAUCUCUGCCUAA